GCGGUGUGUUGGCACAGGGGAUAGUCCGGUUGAACGGAGCGGUGGGUCGGACAGUCGUGUGAACCCUGAGCAAGAGGACCGUGCUUUUGAAAUAAAAAAAAGAAAGAAAGAAAAGAAAAGAAAAGAAAAGAAGAAAAGAAAAGAAGUAAGGAAAAGAAAAAAAUACUUCAGGUUUCCUUGUUUGAGGUCAAGACUCAACAUUUACCAUGGCGGAUGAAGCUGACAUGCGCAAUGAGCUUGCAGACCUGCAGACACGUGCAGACCAGAUAGCCGAUGAGUCUCUGGAGAGUACUCGGCGUAUGCUGGCUCUGGUUGAGGAGAGUAAAGAUGCCGGCAUCAGGACUCUGGUCAUGUUGGAUGAGCAGGGAGAACAACUGGAGCGCAUCGAGGAGGGGAUGGACCAAAUCAAUAAGGACAUGAAGGAUGCAGAAAAGAAUUUGAACAAUCUAGGACAAUUCUGUGGUCUAUGUACAUGUCCAUGUAACAAGAUUAAGGGCGGGGGCCAGGCCUGGGGAGGGAACCAGGAUGGAGUGGUGAACAGCCAGCCAGGGGCUCGCGUGGUGGAUGAACGCGAACAGAUGGCCAUCAGUGGGGGCUUCAUCCGCAGGGUAACAAACGAUGCCAGGGAGAACGAGAUGGAUGAGAACCUGGAGCAGGUGGGUGGCAUCAUUGGCAACCUGCGUCACAUGGCCCUGGACAUGGGCCAGGAGAUCGACACCCAGAACCGCCAGAUCGACAGGAUCAUGGAGAAGGCUGAUUCCAAUAAGACCAGGAUUGAUGAGGCUAACCAGCGUGCUACAAAGAUGUUGGGCAGUGGCUAAACUGCAGCAAAAAUGAAAGAAGUGCUUUUCAACCCCCGUCCCCACCCCAAAAAAACCCAUUCCCACCCUGCCUAACUUGCAACACCUGCGCCCAGCGUCCUUUCCAUUGCUCAAUACAGCGGGCGGCGCAAAAACAUGCUUUUAUCGUGAUACAUACUCUGUAGAGGUUUGCACACAUGCACAUAUCAGACCUUCCCCUGACUGCCCCACCCCACCCCCGCUUCCUCUUUCUGCCCUUGUUGUUAAUAUUGUUCUGUGUCGUCUCUCUUUUGGCUUUUUGUUAAGAAAUGAUAGUCCUGUCCCACUUCGACAUAAUCCCCUCCCCGUGCCCUCCGAGGCUGUACAUAGUGCUUCUUUGAUGGCUUCAUGGAUUUAGAUCACCUUCCCCAUUUUCUCUGUUUCUUCCUCCCAUUUUUUUGUUUUUUUAAAAGUCUAUGUGUAAUAUAAAUUGUAUGUACACUUUGUUCCGAAACAUCGACUGCUGCAGUAACUGUCUGUCAAGAUGCCGUCCUUUGCCCUUGUCAGUAUUCUGGUGUUGUCCAUGUAAAACACACUGCAUAUAUCCAUCAGUAUAGAUGUUGUGAUGCUACAUGAUACGGCCACAGUGAUUCACCAUGAGUUUAUAGUCCUCACAGCUUCUAACCAAGGCUCCCCCACCACUUCACUGCAAAGCCAUUUAAUGGAUAGAUGAAAAGCCACUCAGAUAUUUACAACAGUUAACUUCCAUUAGCAGACCUUAUGCCUGUCUUCUUGACAACACAUUAAUACCAGGGUUCUUUGUCAGAUGAAAUUUAAGUAUUUGAGCCUUUCAGAUGUGAAAACAGUAAUGCGGGCCACGACUGUUAAUACACCAGUGUUACCAACUCUGUUGAAGCGGUAAUAUUUAGGAAGUUUGAUGCUUUGGAUUGUACAGGAUUCACCUUUUCCUCAGGGAGCUAAAUCUGACCAUUCAAAAGAAAAGGUUGAACAUUUAAUUGAUACACUGUAAGUCAGGAUACUGUACAAUACGUGACUGUGUGUGUGUGAUAAAUGUAUUUGCAUGUGGUCUGAACUGGCAGGAACCUUGUUUAACCAUCAUAAAUAUUUCAGGGCAUUAGUCAUGACAGGUAACAGUCUGAUUGAUAGUGGGAAGAGGCGGAGCUUAGCUGGAGGUCAGACGACAACAUCAACACAACAGCAACAACCAGUUCAGUUAUUAGACCUGAGAACAAAGUUAGGCUCCUCACGGUCACAGGCUUCGGCGAUGGGGUCAGCAACCUGUGCACAUGCAGGGCUGAACCUCGUCACCUACAAUUCAACCCCAGCAAUAUCAAGUAGCGCAUUAAGUGUGUUCUGCAUGUCCAACUGCUCUUAGAAAGCAUUAAAUAAUUCAUUUAGCUAGCUGAAAAUAUCUUAACAUGGCAAGCGCAUGCUCCAUAUGUAGGCCAUACAGAAGAGUGGCCCAUGUUUCCUGCCCCCUUUGAAAUAGUGCCACUCUUUUUGUUUCAUGUCUAUUUACCUUUCCAGACUGUGACCAUCAUUGUAAAAUAAUACUAUGGAAAAUGCCAAUAAAAACAUCAUAACUGUAGAACAAAAA